AUGAUGGAGAGUCGAUCUUGGUAUGUUCUGGUGCUAUUGGUCGCUUCAGUUGCUGCGCAGAGCCCGUUUACUCUAGAAGAAUUCGUAAGAGGGCAGUUUGCACAAAGAGGAUUCAAUGGAACAUGGAUUUCAGACACGGAGUUUACUUACACGAUAUCAGGGGAGCCUGGAAUUUACGUAUACGACGUGCCUACCCUUACCAGCAGAGUUCUUGUAUCAGGUGAAUUAAUGGCUUUUCUCAACACCAGUAACCCAAUUUUAUCUGCUGACAGGCAGUACAUCUUAGCUCCUAGUGAAGUUGAAUCCGUUUACCGAUAUUCGACGACUGCUCGGUUUGCUCUAUAUGAAAUAAGUACGGGUAACGUGAGCUACAUUGCCAAUCACCAGCGGCUUCAGUUGUGCAUUUUCGGCGGUGGACACUCCUUGGCUUAUGUCUUGGAUAAUAAUGUGUACUAUCUUCCUGAGAAUUCUACCGAAGCCAUUCAAAUCACAAGUGAUGGUAUCCCGGGCGUCAUUUACAAUGGCCACACGGAUUGGGUAUAUGAAGAGGACGUUAUGUAUACCGGCCAAGCCACGUGGUUCUCAACCGACGGCUCUUACUUGGCGUUUGCCAGUUUUAACGACACCGAAGUUGAGAGUUACUCGUAUUACUAUUACGAGGAUAAGAGCGAUCCUGACGAUUUGUACCCCGAGCUGGUUGACCUUAAGUACCCUAAGGUUGGUCGCACCAACCCCACAGCGAAUCUACGUGUGGUUAACUUGACGGACCUCGUGUUAACCAACCAAGUGCGAUGGCAAACUCUCGAGGCACCCUCCAUUGUAACAUCCGAUCACAUACUGGGCGGAGUGGUAUGGCCCACGGCCAAUGAAAUUGCGGUGCACUGGCUAAACAGGCGACAGAAUUAUACCGUGCUAAGAAUUUGCAACGUUGAAACCAAUAUCUGCGAGGAAGAGCAUCGUCAGCAGCCUAACGGUUGGGUCCCUAUCGCGUUGCCGCGCUUCAGCAGAAACGGGAACUUCUUCGUCUCGACGCGUUGGUCCCUCCGGCAGGCGGAUGACAAAAUAUGGCAGCACCUUUACGUCAGCAUCCGCGUCAACGGCCAGAUCGUUUCGAGCUCCAUCACCCCUGGCGCCUUCACCGUGAACAACUACGUUGGCAUGGAUGAAGACAAUUUGUCGUAUUACUACACGCGGACGGUGGAAGGCACGCCGUGGCGGACCCAGGUGCACGUGUCCGGCGCCCGGGCGAACUGCCUCAGCUGCAACCUCGUGCUACCCGGCGGCGGUAACUGCACGUGGGCGACUGCCACCGCCAGCCGCGCCGGCACCUACCUCACCAUCACCUGCUCCUCCACCGAGGAGCCCUCCGCCACGUUCCUCUUCGACCCGCUGAAUAGGCGAGUACUCUCGACUUGGGAGGACAACGCGGUUGUUCGCGAACGCUUGGAGGAAAAGAUCCGUCCAGGCAGCAUGAUAUUCACGGUGCCCCUGCAAGACGGCCACCCAGCCCCGGUUAGGCUGUGGCUGCCCCCCGGAUUCAACGUUAGCGACACCAACACCAAAUAUCCAAUGGUGUACUACGUCUACUCUGGGCCGAACACAAACACCGUGUUUGACACUUUCACAGUCGGGUACCAUUCGUACAUAACCACGAGCCGGAACACAAUAUACAUGUUGGCGGACGGGCGCGGCGCCGGCCUCAACGGCCAAGAUAUUCUUUAUUCGCUCAACAAUGCCCUGGGAACUGUCGAAGUCGAGGACCACUUUGUUAUUUUAAGGCAAGUGCUCGACCGCUACGGGUUCAUUGACCGCGACCGCGUGGCCAUAUGGGGUCACAGUUACGGCGGUUACGCGACGCUGCUCACCAUGCUGCACGACGAAGACCACCGCUUCCAGUGCGGCGUCUCCACUGCCCCGGUCACCUCCUGGCUUUACUACAACACGAUGUACACUGAGCGCUAUAUGGGCCUCCCGACCGCGGAAGACAAUCUCUCCGGGUACGAAGCGGGUGACGUAACACUCCUCGCGGAGAAACUACGAGGUCACGAAUUCUACAUUAUGCACGGAAACGCCGACGACAACGUGCACUACCAAAACGCCGCCAAACUGAUGCGGGCUUUGCAACAGCUGGACAUACCGUUCGAACAAAUGUCGUAUCCAGAUGAGGCGCAUAGUCUUGCCGGUGUGAACAUGCACAGGUAUGCAGCGAUGAACCGAUAUUGGGAGAAGUGCAUACGCAUGCCGCAAGAGUCUAAC